AUGGCCAAAGCAUGUCUGCAAGUCAUCCAUGCUCCGUACAUAGUAGCAGCUGCUGGCAGGGGUCAGGAGGCCAAGCGUAUCGCUCUGCUGCUCGAACAUGCCCCUCUCCACACACACCAGCUGCAGCUGUGGGCGGGGCUGUGCUGCUUGUUGUGGAGGGAGCCCUCGAAACAAUCAGACCAAGCUGCUGCUCAGCAGACGACCAAGGACCCAAGACGUUCUCACAGGCGCUCUUCGGCACCUCAGCCGUCUGUGGAUUUGUUUGCUGGACCCGGACGGGACGGUCUGAACGAGGCUCAUUCGAGUGCCAAGUCGAGCUGCAAGAGUCCCGUCAUGCGCCUUUCCGCUUUCUUCCUCGUGCGGCCUCCACGGGUUUUGUCCCCUCAAGUGCAAGAGCACGUGCAUCCGGUGCCUGACGGCUAA